AUGCCAAAUAACUACUUGAAACAGAACCAUCGGGAGAUGUUGUUCCCCUGGUUGAAUGGGUCAACCUCCGAGAGAACCGGUAACAAGAGCCCGAUACACAAGCUGAACAACUGGAGCAAGCACUACCUUCGCGACGUCAACCUCGGGACAGGCGUGUCAUGGCAGAUAUGCUCCCAGGCUCAACAGGACCCUUUGGCGGAACUUUUCCAGAGUCGCGGCAACUAA